UAGUCUCAUAAGCCCAGCCUUCACUCCUCCUCAAGCCCCUCCUACACAUUUUGACUUCCCAUAAUUCAGUGCGCUCAUAAAGUCUUUCGAGAGGACGUUACGCUAAGGGCAUAGCAAGAGACCCAUUAUCUCUGACUGAAGAUGGCUGAUGUUAUUGACGACAAGAUCAAGAACUACAGAACGGCUCCAUUCGAUGCCCGUUUCCCAAACACUAACCAGACAAGAAACUGUUUCCAGAAUUACCUCGACUUCCACAGGUGUAAUAAGGUUCUGUCAGGCAAAGGGCAGGACAGUUCUCCCUGUGAAUGGUAUCAGAGAGUCUACAAGAGCCUGUGUCCAAUGAGCUGGGUGGAGAAAUGGGAUGGACAGAUUGAGGAUGGAAGCUUCCCUGGAAAGAUCUAAAUGGUUGCUGUUACUUUCAAUUCAUGAGCUCCCAACCAUUUGUGGAGUUAUCCCAAUGUUAUCCCAAUUUGAUGUCGUCUUGGUUUGCCUGCUAGAGGAUGAAAGGUCGUUCAGAGUGGGCUUUGGAACCCUAUGACCUUUUGAUCUUCAGCAUCUGAAGUCCUGCAUUACCAUUGUGCUUUUUCACUCUACAUCCAAGUGUUGCAAUUUGCAAAAUAAAAGUGCACAAUUUCAACUAA